CUUGGCAGCGUCGAGCACUUGUUUCCUCGCCCCCACUUCCAUCUCAUACGACGCGUAAGUUGCUUGUCAUGCGAUGUGAAAGUGAAAUGCCUCGCGGUAAGCCUCGGUCGAAAUAUUAUCACGGUUGUGGGGGCCGGUAGUUAGCCGGAAAACACUUAAACCCCUAUAUUGAAUGACGACGAUAGCGUGCAACAUUAGAUGUGCAACAAAUAUCGGGUCUGACUUAUUUGCCGCAUCAACUAAGAAUCAUGUCACCGUCAACACCAUCCCUCACGAUACGUGUCGGCAUCCGCGAUCAUUGGGAUAGGGAGGAUGCACCUAUCAACACAGCGCGAUCCGCCGUGAAACAACUUCUCGGCAUCGACAUAGCAUUAGAAGUUGCCUGGGAGGAUUUGUUAUUAGAUUUGGGCGACGAUUAUCCAGAUAAAUCUACAUUCAUUCCUUCGGUUGCAGCAGCUAGCCAGGCGUUUCUCAAUGGCCUGUGUGAGAUAUUGGAAAAGGAGAUCAACCCCGAAUGGUCCGACACUUUGCUCGAGCGUGCCGGUGGCCGUUUGAGAGUUUCUAUAGGUGCUUCGAAGAAUGGGGAGGCGACAGUGACAUGGUCUAGUAAGGACGCCGGCUUUAAUGUCGGCCUUCCUAGAGGCAGCAUACCGUCAUCAAACGAGCUACAGUCGCAUUUCAAGGAUAAAUUACUCGAUUGCUUCACUGGUCCACAAACGCCCCCGGAAGAUUGGGCAGACGUAUCAAUUGAUGCGACAUACGAUAAACCGGCCUCUACGAAGUCGCAUGAAUAUUUCGACACACUUCCGGAUAUUAGCAUUCUACCACGUCCAGACGAAUUACUCCUUAAACCGCCAUAUCACCUUGUUAUAUAUGGUGGCGGUAAGUCGAUGGUUGAAGUCCAGUGUAGCCACAGUCCGACAUUAGAACUGUUGGCAGAAUAUCUGAAGAAAUGGUGUAAAAUAAACCACCGCGACACUCGGCAUCCUCCCGCGGUCGAAGUGAAAUUACAUCAAUCCGCCUUUGGUUUUGGUCUCACGUAUGAUCGCCUAACGAUGUCUAUCGAGCAUCGGAAUCCAGACUUCCUCGUAUCGCCCAUGAUCGUACUAUCGUUUGUUGAGCGUGUGUUGAAUUAUAAGAGCGUAUCAAUCGAUAGUUCUUCUUGGAUCUUCAGGAGGGACGUCGAAUUCAAAACUAUCAAGUGAUUUAGAGUGGGUUGGGUGAAGAACUGUAUGUUUUCGGCCUCGCAGUUACUUGGCUGUCGCUCUUGUUAAUGGGAGUGUACAGCUUAGUUUUCGGACCAUGUUACCGACUUGUGUAACACUACAUCAUUAAGGGUUUCGGAUGCAUCCGAAGGAAUUGGCUAUCUUCAAUGUUUCUAAUAAUUGAAAUGUUCGUGUAACGUACCUAGGUAGGUGUCGGAUACAUCCGAAAAGAAAGUGCUUCCUUCAAUUAGUAAGGCGGGGUGGAAUGCUGACAUAAGUAAAUUGAAAGUACCUAGUCACAUGAGAACUUGUCGUCACACUGCAGGGUCUCACGUCUCACAACCUUAGUGCUAAGCUAGAGAAGACAAUAUUUCAAUUCUUCGAAAUCAUUUUCAU